CUUGGUUAUAUCGACCAUGAAUCUGAGAAGUAGUAGCAGUCACACCUGAGCGCCAAUGUGAGCGCGUUUCUCGUCUCUCAUUUUCUUUCUCUUAUAUACGCAAAUGUUAUUCUACUCUUUCUUUAAGACUCUAGUUGAUCAACAAGUGACAGUUGAGCUAAAGAAUGAUCUCGCCAUUACAGGUGUAUUAAAAUCAGUUGAUCAAUUUUUAAAUAUUCGCUUGGAUGAUAUUAAAGUAGUUGAUGAAGAAAGAUAUCCUCAUAUGAUUUCAGUUAAAAACUGUUUUAUUCGUGGUUCUGUUGUUCGAUAUGUGCAACUCCCUCCUCAAGCUAUUGAUACAGCACUUUUACAAGACGCAGCAAGAAGAGAAGCAGCACAACCUUCAACAGCACAACCUGCUAAUGUCAAGGUCAAAUAAAACAAGAAACAAAACAAAACAAAAAAGUCUAAUAAUAAACUUUAUGAUGUCAAUGAAAGGCUUAUUUGCUUAUGUGAAAGAUAAUUUAAAUAUGCAGUUAAAUCUUUUUUUUCAAACCUUUUUUUUUUUUUUUUUUUUU